AUGCAAGUGUUCCAUCAGUGUGCUCUGAUCUAUCCGCCUGAUCCCCAAAUUGUGCCUUCAGCCAACAAGUGUCUUUCCGGGUGGCUCGAGCACGACUCCAGCUGCUACAAGAAGGUGGUGACGCCCAACGGUUGGUUGGGGGCCCGGCACCACUGCGUCUGGCAGGGCGGCGACCUGCUCUCCAUCACCACCUCGGCCGAGGAGGACUUUGUGAAGCGCACCAUGGGCAACACCCGCUUCUGGCUGGGACUCUCCAACCAGAAAUGCGACGACGUCUGGUGUGGCUUUGAAGGCGGGAGCCAGAAGCUGAUCUGGUCCGAUGGUGAGACAACGACAUACACCAACUGGACCUCAGACCAAUUUAAAAGGCUGCCCGGAGGGACGGACGUGUACCUUCAAUAG